GGCUCGGAACUUUUCACAAAUUAGCUCGGGUGCCACGGCUCGCGAGCAGGAAGUCUGAGCGCGACUCGCGAGCCGCGCUCAGCCGGUCUGGACGCGGCUAGUAACCAUUCUAUAAGGUGUGUUCAAAUUUAAUUGUAAUUUGUGUUCCCUGUAGGAAGCUAGCAACAAACGGCAAAAAAUGUUAAAAACUGGAGGUGGACGAUUGACACCUUCACCACCCCCAUCUCCUGGCCAUGACAGUGCCGCGGAAUGGUUGAAGACUAUGAUGUCCACAUCAGUGGAUGGCAAUGAAGCAAUUUACGAUGAUGAUGUCAUAGUGAUUAAGCCUCAUAAGGAUCUAGAGCCUCCUAGCAAUGAGCAAAUCCUUGUAGAAAGUCCCACAAUUAUUGAGAAGCUUCCUAGCAAUGAGCAAAUCCUUGUAGAAAGUCCCACAAUUAUUGAGAAGAUUGCAGCAAAGGAAGACUUUUUUGACAACAGCACACCACACUCAUCAUUGAAAAGGCCAAUAUCAACGCCACUCAAAAAACUGGCUAAAAAACAAAAAAUAAUUGAACCGGACUUUAGACCGGAAAUACACAAGAAGAAACUAUCAGUCAUUGAUGAGCUCCAUAAGUUAGAAAUGGAAAAAAUUAAGAAGAGUAUUGAAAGAGAUGAAGCUCUUCAUGAGCAAAAAAUGCGCCACAAUGAAGAAAAACAUAAAUUGAAAUUAAUCAAAAUUCAGUUAGAAAUUGAAAAAUUAAAAAAAAAUCUGAAAGUUAUCUCUUUUUGAGUAAAAUUAGAAUUUCUCUGUAUAUCAUUCUUGUUUUUGAUA